UAUUUUAGUGUUAAUAAUGUGAAAUUAUGCUGUAGCAACAUAUAGUUAAUAGACAAAUUGUAUUGAUUUUCAGAUGCAUUAUGGCGGAGAGAAUACUAUUUUAAGAAAGAAAAAAAAUAGUAGCAAUGUGACAUUUAUUUGAAUAUAUUUAAUUUUUGUUUUAAUAUUAAAUAUGAUGUAAUUAUUUUGUAUUCUUUAGUAUAUGGCCAGUAUUAGUUAGUAAAAAUUAGUUAAAUAAAUAAAAUGUUUAAAAAUAUUUCUAAUUCAAGAAGAUAUAAAGGACUCGUAUUAAAUUUAAAAAGACUGGUGGAUGGUUCGGAGAAUUGCACAAAAUAUACUUAAUGGUGUACAUGGAUGAGAGGGGGCGCGCUGGGCGCCGCGACGGUGCCGCGUUGCCUAAUUCUAUUAAGGCAUGCGAAGCGCCCAUCCAAUUGGAACCAGUAGACCUUAGUUUGAAAAGACGCUCGCCCACACCACGGCGCCGUUCAAGACAACUCGGUAACAGUUACCCCACUUCGUCAAAAGUGAUCAAAAUAGAAGAAUCUACUUCAACUCAACUACCCUUCGACUCCAGUAUUGAUGAGCCGAGGAUUAAGAUCGGUCCCGACCUUCGCAGUGCGAGGAAGCUGAAGAAUGUUAGUAGGUUAAAACAACCUUCGAACCAUCACUCUCCACCGCCGUCAAUCGAUCUAUCAAACUUGUUCCCGCCAAUUUUGCCAUUCGCAAUUCCGAACCAAUUGAAACCGAACACGCCAGAUAUGGAGAUUAAAAACUUUUUACUAAACACCGCCUUGCAGAACGCUCUAAAUGACUCGUUGAGUGAACUCGCUCAGAAGAAAUUGACAACAGAUAAAAUAGCAACGGAUAAAAUUGGUACAGAUAAAAAAGACAAAGAGUGUGAGGCUCAAAACCGAAGGAGGUUACAUAAGUGCGAUGUGGCCGGAUGUCAUAAGGUUUACACGAAAAGUUCUCAUUUGAAAGCCCAUAAACGGACACACACAGGUGAAAAACCAUAUAGCUGUGGCUGGGCUGGUUGCGGCUGGAGGUUUGCUAGAUCGGACGAACUGACAAGACAUACACGCAAGCACACCGGACACAGACCUUUCUCAUGCCCCCUGUGCCGGAGGGCCUUCGCGCGCUCCGACCACCUCGGACUUCACAUGAGACGACAUUAGUACAUUAUAUAAUCUAAAAUUAAACGCGAGUAACUCAAUACAUGUGAUAGAAGAUAAAAUAUAUACGCGGCAGAUACGUUGCACUCAAACGUUACAUAAACGUUGCGCUCAAUUUCGGCAAAUUCCAAUCGCGUGCAAAGGACUUUCACUUCGAAUAUGAUAAACGAGCAGAGGAUUUAAGUGAAAUUUCUUCGUAUUAUUUUCGUGUUUCACGCAUGCGCGGUGCCGCAUUCAUUCUUUCAAUCAAUUAACUAUUGUUCUCUCUUUCUUCAUUAAUAACUUGCGUCUGCUUACUACGUACGUACAAAAAACUAAUUACGAUAUAAUUAACUUUAAUUGUCUAGGUUUGUUUCAUACACAUAGUAAAACGAAAUCUAGGAGACGUAACCUUGUUUUAUGUAUUUAGUAAAAUAAAUAAGAAAUGGUCUUCCUAUAAUUAUUUCCUCAGCGCGAUGAAAUUAUGUUAUAAACGUAUCAACCAACCCGCAGAUUAGAAUUAAAAAAAAAAAUCAAGCUACCGCCGGCUUGGAACAAAGUUUAUAGACCUGUGCCAACCACAAGAGUGAAAACAAAUAAACAAGAUUGACAUCGAACUGAAGCGAUAUCAUUGGUCGAGAUGUUGAAUUGUCUAUGAUAUUUACUAUGGAUUCGCGAAAGCUGUCAUCGAAACUUUGGAAGUAAUAUUCAGUGGAUGUAAGUAGUUAAGUGGAAUAGGGUUGUUUUUAUAAAUAAAGAUAUAACGAAGGGUUAACCCCGUAGUAUUUUUAAAAAGAGUGACAUCAGCAUCGCUGACGUCACAAUUGUCAACUUCUUCACGAUUGCUCAUAUUUAAUUCGUUGUAAUAAGAAAAACAAGUACUUGUAGAGCUUC